AUGCCAGUACAUCACUCCUUCCCUUUUCUGCAGAGUUUGCCGCUGAACCCCAAGCCCUUUCUGAACGGCCUCACGGGAAAGCCUGUGAUGGUGAAGCUGAAGUGGGGUAUGGAGUACAAAGGCUACCUGGUGUCGGUGGAUAGCUACAUGAACAUGCAGCUGGCCAACACAGAAGAAUAUGUGGAUGGAGCGUUAGCGGGUCAUCUUGGUGAGGUGCUCGUCAGGUGUAAUAAUGUUUUGUACAUAAGAGGAGUAGAAGAAGAGGAAGAAGACGGCGAGAUGAGAGAAUGAAGAGUGACUUGAUUUCUGUUUCUAAUCGAAUUGGAUGAUUUACUGGUUAUUUUGCAGUUUGUCUCAGUUUUAUGUCUCUUUUCCUUGUAAAAUUGUUAGUUAUUUUUUACACUGUAAAAGUUAUUGGUGGCACAAUGACAAAUAAAUUGUGCUGUUUGUA